AUGUGUGCGCAAGCCGUGCUCGCUGCCGUGACAUGGCUGGCCUCAAGUCUUGUCGCCGCCAGUCCUUACGAGCAGUGUGAAGCCUCCACCUCCAAGUUCCUCAAGGUCGAGACCACCAAUGGCCUGAUCGAGGGCCACAUUGUCGACGACACGCCCUGCGUCAUUGAGUAUCUGGGCAUCCCGUACGCGAAGCCUCCCGUUGGCGACCUUCGCUUCGCCAGUCCCCAACGCUACGAGGACCACCACAGCUACGAGGCCAAGGACUUCGGCUACGAUUGCCCGCACAGCACGUUCCCGUACAUUGAUUAUCCCGACUUCUUCGAAGACGCAAACCGCAUCAUCGACUACUUUGCUGCAAGCGGCGGCACGCCGCAGAGCGAGGACUGCCUGACCCUCAACAUCUGGGCCAAGGCCACCUUUCGCUCUAACCUCGCCCGGAAACCCGUCCUCGUCUUCUUCUACGGUGGCAAGUUCACAUUUGGAAACACCAACACGCCAUUCUACUACGGCGUCAACUUCGCCAACGCCGAGGACCUGGUUGUGGUCACGGUUAACUACCGCAUGAACAUCUUCGGCUUCCCCGGUGCCGAUGGUCUGGACACCAACCUGGGCAUGCGCGACCAGCGCCUGGCCACAGAGUGGGUUCGAGACAACAUCGCGGCCUUUGGUGGCGACACUUCUAAGAUCACCAUUAGCGGCCAGUCUGCCGGAGGUGCCACUGUCGACUACUGGACCUAUGCCUACCGCGAUGACCCCAUCAUUAGCGCCGCCAUCACUCACUCAGGCAACGUGUUCAGCUUCCCGCUACCGGACCCCUCUACGCAGCAGGACAACUGGGAGACCGUCGUCGAUUACGUCGGCUGUGGCAACGCGACCGAUACCUUCAAGUGCAUGCGCAACGCCUCCUGGGAGGAUAUCAAAGCUGGCGCUGCCACCGUGAAGUCGGGCCAAAGUAGCAGCCCCCUGCGGACCGUUCCCAGCUUCUACCCCAAGGCUGACAACCUGCUUGUCUUCACCGACUACCUCGAGCGCACCGAUCAGGGCGACUUUGCCAAGGUGCCCAUUCUCUACGGCAACAACAACAAUGAGGCCGGCUUCUACGCUAUCACCGUCUACUCUAACGGUGCAGUCCCCACGCAAGAGCAGGACAACGUGUUCAACCUCGAGUCCUUCACCUGCGCCGUCGCCAAGCAGGUCGAGAGCCGUCGCAGGCACGGCACUCCCGCCUGGGCUUUCCGUUACAUGGGCGACUGGAACAACACCCGUCUGUACCCCACCAGCGGUGCUUAUCACGGCACUGACAUGCACAUGCUGUUUGGCAACUCGGCCGCCGUCAGCGGACUCCCAACCUCGGAACCCCAAAGGGGGCUCACCAAGCUGAUGCAGCACUCCUGGUUUGCCUUCCUGGACAACCCGCGCACUGGCCUGUCCGAGCGUGGCUGGCCCGAGUACGAUCCCAAUGAGAAGACGCUUGUCCGCCUGGGCAACGACAACAAGCCCGAGUAUGAGCUUCUGUACCCUUCUUCGUACGACUCCUUCUGCUCGAACACCACUCUGGGCUCCUUGGGCACUUCGACGACCACUUCCUCUGUUAAGGUUCGUUUGGAGGCAGAAGCCCAUAAGAACUAG